UACAGCGACACUGGACCCCGCUGUCCGCUUCCGCUGUUUGGAAGGACUUGUGUGGCAGAUUCGACAUAAAUUUCUAUGUGCGUAAUGUAAAAAUAUGCUCUAAAUCCUAUUUCAGGGAUUACAUUAAGUCGUACGAUGCCUCAAAACCAUCGAUAAAUUAGUGUUCUUUUGUCGUGCGGACGCUGGAGAGAUGGACGGACAAAAAGCAGGUGGUUCCCUGUUUUCGUGUCGGCUCUGCAACCUCUUCUCUCCCAGUCGCUCUCAGCUGCUGGCCCAUUGCUCCCAGCUACACCCCCAACAGGAUCCUCCUGAUGACAUCAUCAUUGCACUGCAGCCCCUCGUAGGAGCGCCUGUGGAGACGCUUGCAGAGAGCCCAGUGAAGCGAAAGCGAGGACGACCAAAAGGCUCUACAAAGAAGACUCGCACUGAUUUGACAGACGGCAAGGCUGACUCAAUCCAUUCUGUAGAGGAUAAUGUUAAAAAUGAACGAGCCGGGAAUAAGGAGGAGGGCAGUGGACAAUGUAGCUCGAUAGAAGGAGAAAGCCACGAAGGGACGUUGGGGCUGGAAUGUAGAGACUGUCAUCGCUCAUUCAGCAACAGACGACAGAUCCUCAAACACAUCUGCCUUAAAGAGGAGCAAGAAGAGGACAACGCAGAGGAGAAUGGGACCAUCAGUGGUGGAGCAGGAGUUGAUGGUUCUGGGAGUUCAGAUCCAGGUCCAAAGCAUACAAAACAAAACUCAUCCAGACCAGGACUUACAAGAGAAAAGGACGGUGGCAACUCCAGAACUCCAAGAACCAGCCGAAGCCGCGUCCCCAAAGACGGAUGCCUAGCAACAGGAAACAAGAAGUCAGUCAUCAGUGUUGUUCUGACUGAAGAUGAAAGACUUCCAGGCGUUUCUAAAAUGGUUCCAGUCGAGGAUCGUUCAGCACAAACAGAGUCUGCAGCUGUGAAGGCUCAACCUCAGCAGUCUGCAGUCUUCCAAAGUCAGUCAGAAGACCUUGCAAAUGAUGCCACUAUCUGUGAGGGUGAUCCUAAAACAUAUCAGGAGCCAAGAUCUGACACGACCUCCACAACAUCAUUAACAGCAGCAGCAGCAGCAGCAGCAGCAGCCAGCAGAGGCUUCCAGGAAUAUUCUAUCAAGCAAGAUGCUACCAAUUUACCUCAGAGCCAGUUGAAGAUCUUCGCCUGUGAGUUCUGUAAUAAGAUCUUUAAAUUCAGACACUCGCUGGUCGCCCACCUCAGGACACACACCCAGGAGAAACCGUUCCAGUGUCCACACUGUGACUACGCAUCUGCCAUCAAAGCCAACCUGAAUGUUCAUCUGAGGAAGCACACUGGAGAGAAGUUCAGCUGCCAGCACUGUCCUUUUAACUGUCUCAGCCCAGGACACCUCAAGGUCCACAUAGAGCGAGUCCAUUUGAAAGUGAAGCAGCACUGCAGCUUUUGUGAGAAAAAGUACUCGGAUGUGAAAAACUUGCUGAAACACAUGGAGAAACGACAUAACUUGAAAGACCCUGUGGUCCAACAGAGUUACCAACAACUCAGGUUAAAGACUCGUCAGGGCCUCAGACAGCUCCUCUACCACUGUCCCACCUGUAACCGGCGCUUUAAGAAUCAGCUUGAGCGGGAGCGCCACCUGUUGGUCCAUGGGUCCCAGCGUCCCUUUGCUUGCCUACUCUGUGACCAUGCUGCGACCAAGAUGGUUGCCCUUGUAGCUCAUGUCAGGAAGCACCUCUUCCUGUACGUGUGCUGCAUGUGUGACGGGAAGUUUGUCAGCUCUCAAAGGCUGAAGGGUCACCUGGCAGAGUCUCACAUUGAUCUAGACCAGGAGCAGGCCUUUGCUGACUGCAUCAACAACAGCUACUAUCUAAUGCAGCCUGGAGGAGGCAUGUGGGGGGAUGAUGAGAGGGAAGGGAUGAAUGAAGAGGUCAGGAUAGAGCAGGCAGGUGAAGACGAGAGGACGGGAGAGGAGGAGGGAAGAAAGGGUGUAAGAAGGGUGGAGUGGCAAGAUGGGGAAGGGCAGCAGAUGGAAGUAGCAGUGAUGGACAAUAGGGAGGAGAAGGCGGAAGAACGAGAUAAAGCUCAGGGUGAAAGUGCAGAAGAAGUGCAGGUGAUAGAGGGAGAAACAGCGAAAGAAGGAGAAUUAGAAAACAGAAGUGUGCAGCAAGACUCCCAGGAAUUGCUCCAUCAAUCCAUUUCCAUGGAGACCACAACUCUUGCUGACAGACAGCAUGAAGCAGAAGCUGGGGAGAAGUCACUGGACAACAUGACAGACUCAUGCAUCCCUGCAACUGAAGACAAUAGCCCGACAUUUUUAUCACCAGAGAGCGUUCACACCCCUCUUUUGGAGGACAGGACUCAAGAAAACACACACCCAGCUGAUGAGAACACACACGCAGCCAAAAAAAUAAGCACUUCUUCAUCAUCAGGAAAUACAAUUGUGUGUGAUGUGACUGUAAACACACAUUUGUCAUCAGCACCUAAAUCGGACGAUGGACAAACUCCAGAUUCAGAAAGGGUGUCGGAGGUUUUCCAUCAGAGUGCGUUCCAGCAGGUGUUCUCAUCUCUUCAGAAGACUCAGCUCAGUAUGGAGACUUUCCAACGGCUCAGGAAAAUUUACGGAGACCUGGAAUGUCAAUACUGUGGUAAACUGUUCUGGUACAAAGUCCACUAUAACGUCCAUGUACGCACACACACCAAGGAGCACUCUCAUUACUGUUCAAAGUGUAGCUACUCUUCCAUCACCAAAAGCUCUUUAAAGCGCCACCAGAUCCAGAAGCACAGUGGCCUGCUGCUGCCUUGUUCGAAUCCUGGCUGUAAAUACACCACACCUGACAAGUACAAGCUUCAAGCCCAUUUGAGGACGCACCAGGAACAGGGGAAGAGUGUGACUUGCCCAGUCUGUCAGCACAGCUGUCCAGAGCACAGACUGAAACACCACAUCAAAACAUCUCACCCAGACACACUCCCUCUCCAUGGCAAAGGACUGAUGGUGCAGCGUGCAGAGAAGUGCCCCUACUGUGACUCCUACUUCCUGAAGAACAGCAGCGACUUUCAGCGGCACAUCUGGGCCCACCAAGGUUUGAAGCCAUACGUCUGCAACCUGUGUGACUAUGCAGGCCGCAGCAGGAGUAACUUGAAGACUCAUAUGAAUCGACACAACACAGAGAGACGUCACCUCUGCGAUCUGUGUGGUAAAAAGUUCAAAUCUAAAGUGACGCUAAAAAGCCACAGACUGAGCCACAGCGAUGAAGGCAAACGGUUUCAUUGUUCGGAGUGCGACUUCACCUCGGUCUCUAAACCUUCCUUGCUCAGACAUGUGGAGCAGCACGCUGAGUUUAAGCCAUUCCGCUGCGCUCACUGCCACUACUCUUGUAACAUCGCUGGUCCCCUGAAGCGACACUACAACCUGAAACACCCGGAUCAGAAAUAUCACAAUGCUGGACCUGGACUGCCUAACCCCGAUGCUCUUGAACAGCAAGGUGGUCUGAAGUGUCCUGAAUGUGAGUUUGUUUAUGGCACCAAGUGGGAGCUGAACCGCCACCUGAAGAGCAAACACAGCCUGAAAGUGGUGGAGGGCACCUGGGAGGUGGGGGAGGCAGUGGAAGCCCACUGUGUUCCUGUGGACGAUGGAGGGCAGCUGCUGACAGACACAGCUGUAGCAGACCUGCAGGACAAUGUUAAUAUCCAGCAGAUCACUGAAUACAGUUCAGAGACUCACGACGCCGUCACCUCCAUGGUUGCCAUGGCUCCAGGCACAGUUACCGUCGUACAACAGUUGCAGGUGGCUGAUGAGCAGGAAGUCGGUAACGUCAGCAACCAGCUGAUGGUGGUGAACGCAGAGGGGGGUCUGACUGGUGACCAGGUGAUGGUGGUGGAGGAGGCGCAUGGCCUGGAGGCUCUGACAGUCCUUACUCAGGGAGAUAACACUCACCACUAUAUUGUCUAUGUCCAGGAGCACACUGUAGAAAUCAACUAGAAAAGCUAACAAUUCACCAUAGACCUGUUAAUCAGUGAGUAUCAGUGGAUCAGUUUUUUAAAAAGUAAGAUGACAUUAUGUACCAUUAAACAAUCAAAUCAGGAUUUAGUGAAUGUCUCCCCGUCAUCGUGAAGGAUUUACGUCAGUCAGAUUUACUAUUCAGUCACAUGGUAAAAAUAAAAACCAUAAGUGCAAUUGUGUUAUUAUGUGAUGUAUUUUGUACUACAGAGUAUAUUUAAAUAAAGCCCCUGUCCCGCACUGCUUGAUA